CCGGUGUCGGGGUCCAGCCGCCUGCUGCCGCCGCCGCCGCCGCACCAUGUCCUGCCUCUCCUCCCGCCUCGGCGCCCCCUUCGGGGUCCGAUCCUUCAGCUGCGCCUCAGCCUGCGGGCCCCGGCCCGGCCGCUGCUGCAUCUCGGCCGCCCCCUACCGGGGCAUCUCCUGCUACCGCGGCCUCACGGGGGGCUUUGGCAGCCGCAGCGUCGGCGGAGGCUUCCGCGCUGGCUCCUAUGGCCGCAGCUUCGGGUACCGCUCUGGCGGCGUGGUCCGUCCCAGCCCGCCCUGCAUCACCACCGUGUCCAUCAACGAGUGCCUCCUCACGCCCCUCAACCUGGAGAUCGACCCCAACGCCCAGUGUGUGAAGCAAGAGGAGAAGGAGCAGAUCAAGUUUCUCAACAACAGGUUCGCCGCCUUCAUUGACAAGGUGCGCUUCCUGGAGCAGCAGAACAAGCUGCUGGAGACCAAGCUGCAGUUCUACCAGAACCGCCAGUGCUGCGAGAGCAACCUGGAGCCGCUCUUCAAUGGCUACAUCGAGACGCUGAGGCGGGAGGCCGAGCUCGUGGAGGCCGACAGCGGGAGGCUGGCCUCCGAGCUCAACCACGUGCAGGAGGUGCUGGAGGGCUACAAGAAGAAGUAUGAAGAGGAGGUGGCACUAAGGGCCACCGCCGAGAAUGAAUUUGUGGCUCUGAAGAAGGAUGUGGACUGCGCCUACGUGCAGAAAUCAGACCUGGAGGCCAACGUGGAGGCCCUGACCCAGGAGAUCGACUUCCUGCGGCGACUGUAUGAGGAGGAGCUCCGAGUCCUCCACGCUCACAUCUCAGACACCUCCGUCAUCGUCAAGAUGGACAACAGCCGGGACCUGGACAUGAACAACAUUGUCGCCGAGAUCAAGGCUCAGUACGAUGACAUUGCCAGCCGCAGCCGGGCCGAGGCUGAGUCCUGGUACCGCAGCAAGUGUGAGGAGAUCAAGGCCACGGUGGUCCGGCACGGAGAGACCCUGCGCCGCACCAAGGAGGAGAUCAAUGAGCUGAACCGCAUGAUCCAGAGGCUGACGGCCGAGAUCGAGAAUGCCAAGUGCCAGAACUCCAAGCUGGAGGCUGCCGUGGCUGAAGCUGAGCAGCAGGGCCAGGUGGCCCUCAACGAUGCCAAGUGCAAGCUGGCGGAGCUGGAGGCCGCCCUGCAGAAGGCCAAGCAGGACAUGGCCUGCCUGAUCAAGGAGUAUCAGGAGGUGCUGAACUCCAAGCUGGGCCUGGACAUCGAGAUCGCCACCUACCGGCGCCUGCUGGAGGGCGAGGAGCAGAGGUUGUGUGAGGGCGUUGGCGCUGUGAAUGUCUGUGUCAGCAGCUCCCGGGGCGGGGUCGUGUGCGGGGACCUCUGCGUGUCCGGCUCCCGGCCCGUGACGGGCAGCGUCUGUAGCGCCCCCUGCAGCGGGAACGUGGCAGUGAGCACCGGCCUGUGCGCUCCCUGCGGCCAGACCAGCUGCAGCCGCUCAGUGCGGUUAGCGUAGAGCCUCCGGGUUUGUAAUGCACCGCUCCACCAGCCAACCCUCCCUGCCUCUGGCGGCGGUCCCGGAGCUCCGAAGCCCCUGGACUUGCGGCGCAAGGGCUGGGGAACCGACCUGCCUGAUCUGCCCCAACUACUGCGUUCCCUUCCUGCAUCUUUCUUCCACUUCGACUCUCCACUUCUUCUGGGGAGAAACGGGCUCCUCGCUGCGCAGGUCUGGUAGCUCCCUCCAUCCUCAAGAGUCUGAACAACUUGUUUCCUAGAACCCUGGGCGAAGAGCCAACCUGACUCAGGCUGCUCCGGGGUCUUGGACGCCUGUGGCUUCUAAGGGACAGAUUGGUCCCAGAGCCCCUCUGAUGUGGACCUGCGCGCCCUCUCCCUCUCUCUCUCUCCUUUGUGCUCCGUCUCCAAGUUUCCAAUAAAGCUCCUGGGUCCUAAAAA